UUAGAUAGAUAAAAAUGAAUCAAUCAAGGCCUGAAUUGAUGGAAGAGGUGAAACUACAUGACAGUCCAAAAGAACGAGCCCAUUACGACAAUUUGGCUGAUUUGUAUGCUGUAAUCAACACACUUCAAUGCCUUGAAAGAGCAUACAUCCGAGAUUGUGUAAAGACGAACGAGUAUGAAGCUGCUUGUAACAAACUGCUGGCCCAAUACAAAACAGCUUUCAGACUUGUGCAGAGCUCAGAAUUUCCAGACGUGGACUCUUUUGUGAAGAAAUACAGACUUGAUUGCGUGGCUGCACUGGAGCGGAUCAAAGACGACCAGCCGGUUAAAGUUCGCUCAGAGAAGACAGGCAACUCAAACAAGUGUAUUGCAGACAUCGUAUCAUUGUUCAUCACGACAUCUGACUGUCUGAAAUUGGAGAGGAGAGCUAAAGAUGACAUUUAUCCGUUGGUCAGGGAGAUAUGUGACGCAUUAAGCUCAAUGACCUCUCUGCCCGCAAACUUCGAAGCCAAAACGAAAAUGAACGAGUGGCUGAAAACACUUGGAGAAAUGUCAGUGUCAGAUGAACUUUCUGACGACCAGACACGACAAUUGACCUUUGAUCUUGACGUAUCAUACAAUGCAUUCAUCCGGACGCUCAAAGACGAAAAUAACUAGCAGAGUCAACUUAUUCCUCACAAAAGAAAUCAAAAUUAAUCAACUGCGCAAUGAUAUUUCUGGAUAACUGCAAAUAUUUCCUACUAAAUUGUAUUUAUAAUAGUUUAGAGUUGUUGAAAUCAAAUAAAUUGAGAAAAUAUUGAUUGUA